GACGAUAAUGCGUUGUUGCAGGUGACAUGGGAUGGGCCCGAGGACCCAGAAAACCCCAAGAACUGGAACCGAAGACGAAAAUGGACUACAUCUUUGAUCAUAUCAUCGUUCGCGUUCCUAUCUCCUCUGUCCUCGUCGAUAGCCGCCCCAGCUCUAGGACCGAUCAGCCACGACCUACACAUCACCAAUGAGGUGGAGCGCCAAUUAGUGCUUUCAAUAUUCCUCCUCACAUACGCACUGGGACCUUUCCUAUUGUCACCUUGUUCGGAGAUAUGGGGCCGAACGCCGAUUGUACGAGUUGGGAAUUUGAUCUUCAUCGUUUCUACUGCCCUUUGUGGGUUUGCAGCAUCCAAAGAGCAGAUCCUAGCGUUUCGCUUCCUUGCUGGGAUAGGCGGCAGUGCGACUAUUGGGAUGGGCAGUGGUGUACUGGCUGACUGCUGGAAGCCAGAGGAGCGAGGGAAAGGGAUUGCAUUCAUGCAAUUUGCUCCCGUCUUGGGUCUCGCAGUCGGCCCUAUUGCUGGUGGGUAUAUCUCUCAAUUCGCUACCUGGCGAUGGACCUUUUGGUCCGUGGUCAUUUUGAACUUCACAGUGCAAGUCAUCGCCUUUAGUUUUCUGGAAGAGACGUACGCCCCACGACUGUUGCACCUGAAGGCCAAACGCCUACGUGAGCUCUACAACGAUGCGUCCAUCAGAACGGAGUGGGAAAAGCAGGAACGCACACUCGCUGUCGUGCUCAAGGCCAGCCUGUCUCGGCCAUGGAUCAUGCUCGCUACCCAGCCCAUCAUACAAAGUCUCGCGCUGUAUCAGGCGUUCAACUUUGGACUACUCUAUCUCAUCAUCUCUAGCUUCCCUAGGUUGUGGGAGCAUUACUAUGGUAUGCAUAAGGGGCAAGCAACUCUAAACAACAUCUCUAUUGCCGUCGGCGCGUUGAUCGGUGUUUUGAUCUCAGCCCCGACAAUGGAUAUGAUUUAUCAAAGACUCAAACGACGUCGAGGUAUGGAAACAGAUGGAAAGGGAGUCCCGGAGUUCCGCAUUCCGUUGAUGGUCCCCGCUUCUCUUCUUACGCCCUGUGGGAUAAUCCUCUUCGCCUGGACAGCGCAAAACAAGAUGCACUUCAUGCUUCCUAACGUGGGCAUAGCCAUCACUAUCGGCAGCAGUAUGGUCUCGUACCAGUGCAUCUCGGCUUACAUCGCCGACUGCUACGCUCUUCACACUGCCUCAGCCUCGGCGGCUUGUUGCUUCAUGAGAUCCAUGUUUGCUUUCGCAUUUCCACUUUUCGUCCCGGCUUUGUUCAGGAAUCUUGGCUAUGGCUUAGGUGGGAGUUUGCUGGCUAUCAUUGCAACGGUGAUUGGUGUACCAGCGCCGUUACUGCUCUGGAGAUAUGGAGCAAAACUACGGGCUCUCAGUAGAUUUGGUGUGGCUGAAUAG